UUCCAAUCGCAGCAGGGGUUUUUAGUACGUCGCCAUUUACCUGUGUAAGAAACGUUUUUCGUAGUGAAAAGUAAGCGAGGGUGAAGAAAUUCUUUUCAGCAGCGAUUCCGUCUCUGAGUUAACAACCUUCGUCGAAAGGGCGUGUGCAGUUAGAUACGGCAUCUCGAGAACAAUAUGGAAUGUCCUAUCGGUCCAGCAGAGCUGCAAAAGCUCAAGGCGUUCAUUAGCCUUUGCCAGAUGACUCCGCAAUUGCUCAACUUACCGCAAUUGGAUUUUCUGAAAUCGUUCAUCGUAAGUCUCGGUGGCAAAGUGCCGGAAGGACAACCGGACUUUGGCGGCAUGGGAGCCAAGAGCACGGAAAGCAGCAGUGCGUCGGCGGAAGCGAAAACCACUCCGAAGGAGGAAGAAGAGCCGAAGGUGGUCGAGUCGGAUCCCGAAUCAGAUCUCGAGCUGGACAACGAAGGAUGCGUAGAGCCGGACACCGAACCGGAUCAGCCGAUGGGCGAUGCCUCGAAGGAACCGUCGGAGGAGGAGUUUGAUCAAGCGAACGAUCUCAGAUCACAAGCUGCAGCGGCGUACAGCGAACAGAAGUACGAUGAGGCCGUCAAGCUUUUCACGGAAGCAAUUCAGCUAAAUCCGAAGAGCGCACUGUACUACGCGAAACGUGGUCAGGCGUACCUUAAGCUACAAAAACCGAACGCUUGCAUCCGAGAUUGCAACCGGGCGCUCGAGAUCAAUCCCGAUUCGGCCACAGCGUACAAAUUCCGGGGACGCGCUAACCGCCUGCUCGGCCACUGGGAGGAAGCGGCCAAGGACCUGCGACAAGCGUGCAAGCUCGACUUCGACGAAGAAGCGGACGAAUGGCUAAAGGAGGUGACGCCGAACGCGAAGAAGAUCGAACAGCACAAGCAGAAGCAGGAACGUCGCAAACAGGAGAGAGAGUUCCGUGAGCGCCAGGAGCGUGUACGAAAGGCGCAGGAAGCGAACCGUAAAGCUGCGGAGGAGGGACCGGCUGGCGGAAUGGGUGGCAUGCCCGAUUUCGGAGGAGCCGGAGCCGAUCUGUUCAAUGCCUUCCGCGAUCCGGAAGUGUCGGCCGCCAUGUCCGACAUCUUCUCAAAUCCGGCCAACAUUUCAAAGUAUCAAAACAAUCCUAAAAUCAUGAACAUCCUCAUGAAAUUUUACUCACAAGCGGAAAAGGGCGGUGUCCCUGGGUUCCCGGGUACUGGUGGUGCCGGCGGUGGUUUUCCAGGAUUCCCAGGAUUUGGAGGAGGUGCAGGCGGAUUCCCCGGUUUUGGUGGUCCUGGUGGUGCGGAUCCUGGUGCCGGAGGAGCCGGUGCGGGAGCUGGUGCAGGAGCUGGUUCCGGUGGUGCGCGUGUUGACGAUCUGGACUAAGCAAUGCAUUUAAGAAAAUGUCUUUCAUUUCAACGUACGUUCGUUCGUUCAGCAUUCGAAUGAGAGCAAAAGCGAGUUGCAUUUCUGUACCAAAUGCCAUGCCAGUUAGCGAUAUAGCAUAAGUUUUCUUUUUCAAUCGUCUCAUUUCACUCUAAAACUAACCCUCUUCUUCGAUGUCACGGAACCGUUCUUAAACUUAGCGAUAUGAAUAACACCAGACAAAAACGGGCAGAUGCAGAAAAUACCUCUGAGCAUAUGAACAUAUUAUUAAGCGUUUU